CUUUCAGCCGCAUGGAUGUGAGACUUGGAGAGUACAAUAUUGUGGAAGAUGAAGCGAGCGAGCAGAUUAAAAAACCUGAAAAAAUAAUUGUCCAUGAAUACUACAACUCUUGGCUUUUGGAUAAUGAUAUCAUGCUCAUCAAGCUGGCAACACCUGUCACUAUUGAUGCAAGUGUCUCACCUAUCCCUUUGAGUAAUGGAUGUGCAGCAGUUGGUACUAGUUGCUUGAUUUCGGGAUGGGGCAAUACUCUCAGCAAUGGUGUAUACUACCCUGAUCUUCUGCAGUGCCUGAAUGCACCAAUCCUAAGUGAUGAGGAAUGCAAUGAUGCUUACCCAGGACAAAUUACCCCAAAUAUGGUCUGUGUUGGAUACCUAGAGGGUGGCAAAGACUCUUGUCAGGGAGAUUCUGGUGGCCCCGUGGUUUGUAAUGGAGUGCUCCAGGGCAUUGUCUCCUGGGGGAUAGGUUGUGCCCUGCCUGGCUAUCCUGGAGUCUACACCAAAGUCUGCAGAUACAUCGACUGGAUCAAUGCAAACAUAGCUGCCAACUGAAAGCGAUGCUUUCCUCUUAAUGUGAUUCAUCUUGAUAGAGAAUGAAAUGAAA